CUAUCCGUGAGCGAUUGACGACAGUAGUGGUGGGAAGCCAACGCAUGCAAGCAGCGGCGGAUCCAGAACACAAAAGAGCACUGGGCCGCAUUUCAUUAGAAAAUUAGAACCGUAGAAAAAUAUAAUGAUUAUAGUUUUUUGCAAUGUAAUUGUACACGACUGUAUAUUAAUUUAGGGAAUGCAUCAAUGAAGUCUACAUCCAUACCAAUAGUAUACACUGUUUCAAAUAAAAUACUUGAGCAAUCGGCGAGAAAUUCAUCGCUCAUUUUGUUGAGCAAAUAAGUUCUCACAUGUUUCAUUGUUAAAAAGGUUCUCGUCGUAGUAGCUGUUGAAACGAGCAUAUCAACACUAGAUAAAUCAAUCGACUAAUCAAUUUGCAUUUUGUGUCCAUCCCUGCACACCAGCUACUUUAGUAAAUUUGUAAGGGAACAAGCCUCAUAUUUCUUUUAGUCUUUUACGUUUUAAACUUUUUAGAAUUUUAGGUUUCACUGUUUUUUUAAGACGCAUGAUCUUUGGGGCUAAAAUUUCUAGGCUAAAUUUAGAAUAGUGAUUUGAAUAUGUUCAACUUGAUAAUUUUUCUAGUUAAACCCAAUCUUAUCAUAGAAUAACACUGGGUCGAAUGUGUAAAAUCAAAAAUUUCAUAUGGACUAUAGUAACUACGGAUCUAGAAGAGGGCUGGACCGGGACCUGGGGUCGCCACCCCCUGGAUCCGCCAGUGCAUGCAAGGGCGGCAGAAGUAAGGGCGACGCAUGCUCGUUUCUCUCCAUCGAAGGACAACCUCUUCCCAGAUCUGGUUUUAUCGAAUCACUGCCGGUGAUGGCGACGUGGCUGCAGGCGAUGGCGAUGAACGCGUACAGGCGAUGGCGAGGCAGUUGCGGGUGAUGGCGAGGCGGUUGCAGGCGAUGGCGAGGCGGUUGCGGGUGAAGCGGUUGCCGGCGAUGGUGAGUCCGUUGCCAGGGAGGCUGAGGACGACACGACUAAGAUCAAUGAAGCCGUAGUCGAUCGGAAGGAGAAUCGACGGAGAUCAGAGAGCCGACCGGAAGGAGAAUCGACGGAGAAACGAUGAAGGGGCUCUGAAAUUUUUAGAGGGAGAGAGAGUGGGAGGGGUGGGUGGCUGGGGAAGGAGGGUAGAAAAAAUGGUAUUUAUAUUAGGGUUUGAUGGUAUAUUUACUAAAUUAUCCUUUAGUUAGUAUGGUGCUAACCCAUUAGGAGAUAGCAGGUCAUCCCAUCCCAGCAGAUAAUUAUGAUUUUAAAAACACAGUUAAAAGAUAAUAUAUAUAAAAACUGACCCCACCCACCCGAACCCGUUAUCAUUCUUAUGCUUGAUUUUUUCACUACUUGAUAAAUUUAAUUUUGGGUAAAUUCUCGAUAUUGACUAGUUUUGGACCCGACCCAUUAGUCGUCAUUAAUUUAGAUAUCGAUUCGUGAGGUAGAAGCACGAGCGAGAGUGAGAGAAAAUAUAUUUCCACGUAAUAGAAUAUUCAAACCGUU